UCUACAGCCAAAAGCAAUUUGUGAUGGGCAUUCCAAAUGUCAGAGCUUACAUUGAUGUUCAUGCUUACAGCCAAUAUUGGAUGUAUCCAUAUGGAUGGUCGAAAACUCCGACGAAGGACGCAACUAAACUGGAACAAGUUGGACAAGACAGCAUAGAUGCCAUCCGAGCUGUUCACGGCAAAAUAUAUGUCACCGGAUCUAUCGCCAAUGUUAUUUAUGUGGCGACUGGAAGCAGUGCAGAUUACUUCUAUGAGGAGGGAAUCACAUGCUCAUUCGCAGCAGAACUUCGAGAUCAAGGACGUUACGGAUUUGCCCUUCCAGAAGCACAAAUUUUACCGACUGGUGAAGAAGCGUUUGCUGGCCUGAUGGUAAUGGCACGAGCGGUUGCCGAUGGAACGUGUUAAAAAUCGCUGCUUCAAAUUUGAAAUUCUCAGCU